CAGAUUACGAACGUAAACAUUGCUCUCGUAACUCGUUCGGUUAGUUAAAUUUUGUUCUUGAAAUAAAAUUAGUAAAAUAAAAGCAUUUUACAAUGGCUCAUAGUCGUUUGGAGAAAAUUGGUACGAUUGUGACAAGAACCCAGGGCCUGCUCCGUUCGGGCGCCAUGAAGUGGGACGAUCGACCGCUGUGGUACGAUGUUGUGACCGCGUUUCCACCAAAGGAGGAACCACGCUAUGACCGCCCGGCACCCAACGUCGCCGUCAGGCCGAUCUUUUAUGCCGAGGACAAAGUCCGUGCCAAGUUCCAAUCGAGCAACCGUACGCAGUACAUAAGCAACAUGUCGGACCUGCGGAACAAAACUCCGACGCAGCAUUUCAUCGAAAUUCACCAGAAGCUAGCGGGACAGGGUGCGCUGGACAGUGAGCGAGUAUUCGAAACCGCCCAGGAGCUUCUGGAGCAGAAACUGGGCGAACUUAGACAGGAGAAAUCGGCGGCGAUAAAUAUUUUGCCGGCUCCACAGCAGCCGGAAGCGAAGGGAAAAACUGUACAGUUGCAGGAUAUAUUCAAAGAAUAAAUAAAUUUUCUGUAAUUAUUAGUA